CAUACACUUCUUCUCUGGGGUUCAGUAUUCAGGUAGAACCCUUCAUCACCUCUUAAUGAUCAUGACCCAAUUUUUUUUUUGGGCCAGUGGCAUGUGGACAGUAGGGCCCACCUGAUCAAUGAUGUAGAUCUAGCACACGUGCAAAUCCACUUAGAUUGGUUCACAUAAUAGGUGCGGCCUACUUAUAUGUUUAUGGCCUUCUUCUACAUAGGUGGGCCACCUAUUCAACGGAUAAAAACAUUUGGGUGUUUUGUGCAGAGUGCAGUGCUUCCAACAUCAUAUCCUUACUUGCUAUUUAAGGGGAUCUCAACGUAUGGAUGGCCCACUUGUUACUGGUUCUUACACGGUGUGAUCGACAAGUUGAAGUAUAUGGUGGGCCUGAAAGCUAGCCAAGCAAUGGUGUUCAACUUAAUGGGGCAUGACACCAGUGAUGGGAGAAUUACAUUAGACAAAUCAACGGACAGGAUCUGUUUCACUCCUCCCCACGACCCACUGCUUCCCUGUAAAAUCCAGGCACUUCAAAAGCUCACAAAGAGGAUAGGAGGGAUCUUGUUCAUGUCGAGGUACCGCAGCACUUCGGUGCACCUCUUAGGAGGGUGCAAUGUAGCAUCAGACCCUUCACAUGGAGUAUGCAAUCCAAGCGGUCAAGUUUUUGAUCUGGACGGUCCAUCCGAUACAGUCCAUGCCGGACUGUACGUCUGUGAUGCCUCCUUGAUCCCUUGCUCUGUUGGAAUCAAUCCUUGCCUUACGAUUGCUACGGCCGCAGAACACGUUAGUAAGCACUUGGUGCAAGAUGUUCUGAAGUACAAGAGCUUGAAUCAUAGUCCCAUUCAAUUUAGUGUCGCAGAACCAAUCAUUCCCAUUGAUUUACAUGAUUUGAAGUUCAGCGACAAAGUUGUGGAUUCGAUGCUAGUGGCAGGAACUGAUGGAAAAUCAGAUGUGCGGUUGAGGUCUUCAGAUGAAGUUUCCAUGUUGAGGAGGGAGGAUAGUGCAGUCAUGUUUAGAGAGACCAUGAGAGGCUAUGUGGGGGGAAUGCCAUGUACAGCUUAUCUUGAAAUGAAGAUGAACUCAGGCGGUUCGAGUGGCUGUGAUGAAGGGAACACAGCAGCUGGUGGGCCACACUCGCUCCUGAGAGGAAAGGUUGGCGGGUACGUUGUAUUUCCAGCCAUUGACAAGGAUAAGCUAUAUAUUGUAGAUGGGAAGGUGGAUCUGUGCAGCAUAGACCGUCGAACUCCGUAUACGCAGUGCAUGCUGUACCGUCUGCUACUAGCGACGGCCUCCGGUUCAAGAUACAUCCUUGAGGGGAGGAAGAUCUUGAAUCCAUAUCUCCUGGCAUCUUAUGCUUGGAGAGAAUCUACGACACUGCUCGUCAAUUUCAAGAUGGUCCAACAGACCGACAGUCCUGAUAAGAGAAGGUGCGGCGGUUCGAGAGCGGAACCAAUGAAUCUCACAGGGGAGCUUCAUUUAUCAAUGGUGGAUCUACUAAUGUGCUUGAUUAGCAUGAGAGGGAGCCAAAGAUGGAAGUUUCUAUACCUUUUUUUACAAAGCCUCUGUAGAACUUACAUCACUCAACGGCCGCGAUCGAUCCAUGAGGAAUUCAAACACUUAGAGAUGAAUCAGAGAGCUUACCCACCUUGCAUUCUUCAUGAGAUAACAACAGAUGAUGGAUUUGUUAUCAGCUGCAAGCAAUGGAAGUGUAAUCAGAAUGCUUGGAGAUCCGACGGUGAGAAGCCGCUGCAUCCGGUUCUACUGAUCAAUGGCCAUUCUACUGAGAGUUAUUGGCUACCAACUGAGUCAAGAGAUCUGGUUAGAACUUUAGUAGAAGAGGGGUAUGAGACAUGGCUACUUCAACCAAGGCUACACCGUCUGCACCUUUCGAAGGACUUCACCAUCGAGGAUAUCGGAAAGUUCGACAUCCCCGCUGCGAUUGCUAAGAUGAGGGAGUUGCAUGGGCCAUCUGUGAAAGUUCAUGUGAUUGCACACUGCGUGGGAGGAUUAUCAAUUCAUAUAGCACUCAUGGGAGGCCAUGUCUCUGCAACCCAAAUAGCAUCUCUCUCUUGCACUAACUCUUCCAUGUUCUUCAAGCUCACUACUUCAUCAUUAGUUAAGAUGAGGCUUCCACUCAUUCCUAUCUCUAUGGCGAUACUAGGCAAGAACCGAGUCCUAUUGAUGUUUGCCAACUCCAAGGACAGCCUCCGGCACCGCCUUCUGAAAGCCAUAGCGAAGCUCAUACCGCGCUAUGAGCGGUGCACCUGCGACGAGUGUGAGGUCUUCUCGGGCAUCUUCGGCAACGCAUUCUGGCACGAAAAUGUGAGCCCCACCAUGCACCAAUUUCUCAAGGAAAGCCUACCGAUGCUGCCCAUGUCCGCCUUCCCCCACCUUAGGAAGAUAUGCCUGGCGGGCCACAUCAUUGACUCCAAUGGCUGCGAUGCUUAUCUGAUGCAUUCCGAGAGGAUGGCGGUCCCGACGCUAUACGUCUCUGGCGGGCGGAACCUUUUGGUGACCCCACAAACCUCAUUUCUUGCUAAUCAAUACAUGAGGUUGCACCAACCUGGGUUCACUCAUAGAAGGGUGGUGGUGGAUGGUUUUGGACAUUCAGACCUUUGGAUUGGAGAAGAGUCCUACAAGAGAGUGUUUCCACACAUCCUAUCACACAUGAAACUAGUCGAACAAGGAAGCAAUGGGGGUAAGAACAUGGAAGAGUCCAAGUUUAAUAAGGAUUCCUUGUCAUGGGCUGACUCAAAUGAUGGGAAUGGAGGGCUUUGGGUAAAUUUGGAUUGGCCAAGAGAGGUGCAUGUCAUCCUCGAUGUACCAAAAUCAGUCUCUUACAUUCCGAUCAGGCAAGAUCAGCACGUCCUAGGGAGAUGGCUGCAGUGGCGUCUUGCGGAGAUUGUGGACAGUGCCCCCGUUGUUAUCAGGAAUGAAGCUAAAUACGAGGGUCGCAAGAUGAGGGUUGCGUCCUCCAUUGCUUGGAUUAAAUGGUGGGUAGACCUUAUCCUUCAAAAGGAUGCAGUGAUUAACUGGAACUCGAGCAAGGGCAGAAGGUUCUUGGGCAUUUCCUUACCCAAGGAUAGACCGAUGAGGUGUCAUAUAAUCAGAUGGAACAAGCCAGUAGCCGGGUGGGUCAAGCUUAACGUCGAUGGUUCUUCUAGAGAGAAUCCGGGCCUGUCAGGAGGUGAGAGUGUCUGUCAUGGGGACACUGGCCAUAUGAUUUUCGCCUUCUCCUCAGGCUAUGGGGUGUGCUCCAAUAAUAUUGCAGAAGUGAGGGCAAUACAUGAUGGCAUCUAUUUUUGUCUGUUGAGGGGUCUUAAGAAUAUCGUUGUUGAAUCGGACUCCGAGUUUGCUCUUAGCCUCAUUCUUGGGAAAUCCCGUAUCCCGUGGACAAUGAGUCCUUGGGUUGUGCGGAUUCUUGCCCUUCUCAAGGAGUGUUCCGUCGCCUUUUCCCAUACAUUCAGAGAGGGGAACGGACCUACAAAUGCGUUGGCGCGGAUGGGUAGCGAGCACCAAGUGGACUCGGUUCACGAGCAUCCUCACUCUCUUCCAUGGCAUUUGAGGGGGAUGCUCGUUCUAGACAGGUCCAGGUUGGGGACCCUCAGAUCUGCUCCUUUUUAG